AUGUCUGCCCUGCAGAAAUCUGCCAGCGCUUCUCUGGUGGCGGCUCUCGCUGGCUGCCUCCUGCUUGUUGCCCUGUCGGUGCAGGAAGGGGCAGCUGCGCCUAUCAAUUCCCACUGCAGGCUCAAGGAGUCGAACUUCUUCGGGCCACAUAUCUUCAACCUCACCUUCACCCUGGCCAAAGAGGCCAUUUUGGAAGACAACAACACUGAUGUUCGCCUCAUCGAGAAUGACCUGCUCCAUGGAGUUCCUAAGAGUGAGCAGUGCUAUCUGAUGAAGCAGGUGUUGAACUUCACCCUUGAAGAAGUGCUGCUUCCCCGAAUCCAUAGCUUCCAGCCCUACAUGCAGCAGGUGGUGCCCUUCUUGGACACAGUGAGCAGAAACCUAAGCCUAUGUCACAUCCACGGGAAUGACCAGCAUAUCCAGAGGAAGGUGAACGCGCUGGAAGACACCGUCAGAGAGCUUGGUGAGAGCGGAGCGAUUAAAGCAAUCGGAGAACUAGGUCUGCUGUUCCUGAAACUGAAAGAAGCCUGCGUUUGA